GUGAAGUGGAUGUUUUGGUGAGAAAAUACAGAGUCGAAAAGGGAUGUAAAUACGUUUAAAACAUGACAUUUCGACCGAGUGGGACCUAAAGCGGCGUAGCUGGGGAACGAAGGGCGUUUUGUGCGAAGGUUUCGGUUCAUCUUUAUGUCGUAUUCCUCCGCAUGUCCGCUUUCUUCGUAGAUGGUCUCCGGCGAGCGUUGUCUGGCGGCGGACGACGAGUUGUCGACGAAUAAUAUGAAGGAGAUGAUCGGGGGUUGCUGCGUUUGCUCUGACGAGAGAGGCUGGGCGGAAAACCCGCUGGUGUACUGCGACGGACACGGCUGCAACGUCGCCGUGCAUCAAGCCUGCUAUGGCAUCGUGCAGGUGCCCACCGGUCCUUGGUUCUGCAGAAAGUGUGAAUCUCAGGAGAGAGCGGCCCGCGUGAGAUGUGAACUGUGUCCCCACAAAGAUGGAGCCCUCAAGAGGACAGACAACGGAGGCUGGGCCCAUGUCGUUUGUGCCCUUUACAUACCUGAAGUGGAGUUCGCGAAUGUCUCAACCAUGGAGCCCAUAGUGCUCCAAUCUGUGCCACAUGAGCGCUACAACAAGACAUGUUAUAUCUGUGAGGACCAGGGCAGAGAAAGUAAAGCCGCCACUGGAGCCUGUAUGACCUGCAACAAACAUGGCUGCAGGCAGGCCUUCCAUGUCACAUGUGCCCAGUUUGCGGGGUUGUUGUGUGAGGAACAAGGAUCGGACGCAGACAAUGUCAAGUACUGUGGAUAUUGCAAAUACCACCACAGCAAAUUGCGAAGGAGCAGGGGCCGUGGUAGUAGGUCUCAAAGCUUAAGUGACUCUCCCUCUCAGUGUAUGGAUAGACCCCCAGACACGGACAAGAAGAAACACAAGGAGCGGGACAGGCACAAACCGAAACACAAGAAGACCUCGAUGGACAUGUCGCCCUCCCUCGUCCUUCCUAACAUCAUGGUCCCAGAUAAGAACUACAACAGCAGCAGCUCAGGGGGAGGUGUCACCUCUCUGCCGGCGUCGUCACAGAAGCGACUGGACGACGGCAGCGCCCGUUUCACCACCGCCAACUUCCAAGAAGUGUCGUCCGCACUCUCUGGCAGCGGUUCCAAAGAUGGCUUGGCCGCAGACACUGGGAAGGCGGCAUCUGAAGCGAAGAACAAGAAGAACAGCGGCGCAAGUCAUGCAGUGGGACAGAGGGGUGGCCGCAAGUCUCUCACCUCCUCAGGGAAACCCCUCCCCUCCGCCGUGGUCACCAUGGCAACCUCCUCUACAUCUGCCUCCGCUUCCACCGGGCCUUUCCACCAAGGCCUCCUGUUGACCAGUGCCAGCAAGACGCCCUCUGCCCCCUCCUCCUCAGACUUCCUAAGUUUCUCAGACUCAUCGUUGCGUUCAGGCGGCGGGACUACCUUCUCCUCCCCGCCAUCGUUCAGCAGCUGCCUUGUGAAGCCGAGCUCGGAGGGUGGAGCUUCAGAAGGAACUACAACGCUCUUCGGCUCUCUGAUGUCCGCCACUACAGCUUCUGCAGUGGGCGGGAAACUGUAUGAGAAUUCCCACAGUCUCACAGCCAGCGAGACGACAAGCCUCAGUGGGUCCGCCGGCUACAAACGGCCACAACCCGCCAGCUCAGUGCCGGGAAUUGGAGGAGCGGCGGCAGGAGGAGGGGAAGACGGGGUGAAGAAGAAGAAGAAGGGCAACUGGCGAAACAGAUUCGGACCUUGCUUCACGACGGAUGUGAAGCCUUCAGAGCCAGCUCCCUCCCUGGCUCUCCCCACCCCCUCCACAGCCAACACCUCCUCCUCCUCCAUCGUCUCUCCGUCCUCCUCUUCAUCCUCGACACUCACAGGCCGGCCGGGUUUAGUAUCCAGCAGUGGAUUAGGAGUGGGGAUGGGAGGAGGAGGAGAGAGGGGGCUGGGGGUCAUGGGUGUCAGCGGUGGGAUUCAGAAGUCCCCGUCACUCCUCAGGAAUGGGAGUCUGCAGAGCAACAGCAGCUCCACGACCACUGGGCCAGGUGUUUUCUCCGGCGCCGAUGGGUCAUCGUUGGGAACAGGAGCCGUUGCCGUUGGUGGAGCCGGCUCUGAGUUGUCACAGCAACAGCAGCCCACACCUUCGCUAGCCCCUCCAUCUCCAUUCACCGCCACCGCACCGCUAACCAGCACAGCCUCUACACACGUGAGCGGUCUGCCGGGGUCAGUCUUCAACCUCGCUCCCUCGCAUAUGUUUGGUAACCGGCUCAAUCCCAACUCAGCCAUGGCAGCACUCAUCGCUCAAUCCGAAGCCUCACCAGCAGAUCAGGAGGUUGGAGACGGCAGCAGCGGCGUCGGAGCUCAGGGCUUCUCCAUAAGAGCUUCUCCCAAGACCACCCCGCGCUCUCCCAUUGGUGGCCUGCAGAUCCGCUAUGACUCCUCGGGGUCGUUGCCGGGGCCCGGGCUGGGGUUGCUAGGGGCGGGGGGAGGCGGCGGGGAGACGCUGCCCCCGGUGGCCACCAGCAUAGAGCAGCUCCUGGAGAGGCAGUGGAAUGAAGGGCAGAGCUUCCUGCUGCAGCAGGGAGCGCAGGGAGACGUGGUGGGCAUGUUGAAGUCUCUCCACCAGCUGCAGGAAGAGAACAGGAGGCUGGAGGAGCAGAUCAAAACUCUGACCAUGAAGAAAGAGAGACUGCAGCUUCUCAGCGCUCAGCUAUCAGUGCCUUUCACCCCCACCACGGCCUCCUCUGAUGUGAAAGGAACCCAUGUGGGAGCCACUGACUCGUCUUUACCCAUGGCAGCUCAGGACGGGGCAUCAUGUGGUGGCCACAGCAGUAGUGGCUCCACCUCAUCUCUCUCCACCCCUCCCUCCGUCUCCCAGAGCCCGCCCCAGCCGCAGCUGAAUGGAGUCGCUGCUGUGGGAGCGGCCCCGGCAGGGCUGGGAGGGGUGGCGGGACUGAUGGGUGCUCUGGGUGCAGGCAGCGCACUGGGCAUGGGGGGAAUUGUCGGGGCGCUGAACGGGGUGAUCCAGACGCCAGCAGGCACAGCCAGCCCUCACACACACACUACAGGAGCAGCUACCGGCGUCACGUUGCCUGUUAAUAAUAGCGCUGCGCGACUCGGCCUGCUGUCUGAGCAGCACAGACUCCUCCUGCAGCAGCAUCAGCUCCAGCAGCUGCUGUCCUCACAACCCUCAGCGGAGCAGCAGCAGGUGUUGCUCUACCAACUGAUGCAGCAGCAGCAGGACCUCCAGCAGCUGCAAUCCCUUUCCUCCUCUGCCCAGAUUCCCUCCAUCCCGCUCUCCUCCGCUCAGCUGCCCAUCAACAACCUGCUGCCCGCCGCCCAGAGCCAGGGCCAAGGCGCCAUCACCGCCAACCCCUUCCUGGCACUGCAGCAUGCACAUGCUGACACACACGCCUCGGGGGCACAGAAGCCGCGGCUAGCAGAGAAGGCCGUGGGCGUUGCAGGGCAGGAGAAAACAUGACGGCAGAUACUCUUUACUUUUUUUUUUGUUUUGUUUUUUUUAAUAAAUAUGCAGAGUCUUCGGGAGAUCAGCCUGUUCGUCAACUUCGUGGUUCAGUGAUGAGAACAUUGGCAGCAGAGAGAUCUGUGUUAUUCUUUGCUAAUACACUAGCAUUGUGAGUGGCGGCAUUGAUCUGCAGUCACCAGCUCAUUGUAGUUGACUGUCAGGGUUUUAUUUUUUUGCUAUUUUUUCAGGUUACAGUCUUAACACAACAUUUUGUCUUCGUUUGUAAUAUUUAUGUCCAUCCAAUUUUUAGAUUUUGUUUUUAGGUUUUAGCUUUAGGGCUGCUUCAGGUUCUUAUUUUGUCACUGAGAUCAUUUGCGUUUGAUAUCACUGGUAGCAACUUAGUGUGUUAGUUAAAAAAAAGCACAUGGUGUGUUUGCUUACCUUUUCCAUCAAUGAGUUUCUCUCAAUGUUUCUACUCUAAUCUCAUCAUCUUGCUUCUUCUAAUUUCUCCUCAUUCUCUUGUUGCCGCGUCCUGUUUCAUGCUGUUUUCCUUUGUCUCCACAUUUCUCUCACUGCUUCUCCAUCCUCCACACCAACGAUAAUUCUCGGUCUGGUCUCUCUGCUGUCUCACUCUCUCAGGGGCCUCCGCUAACCAGAGUCGUGCACUCAGCACACAAGCUAGCACACACACACACACACACACACACACACACACACACAACAUACUAAAAUAGCAGAAAUACAUGAAUAUAAAAACUACAACUCCCCACCACAGGACUUCACAGUAGCAGAUGUAUGUUUGACAUCUGUCUCGCAGCGAUCCCGAGGGGAAUAUUGGGUGAGAGGCUGGUGAAAAUAUUCCACAUGUUCUUGCUGUUGCCUCUCUCCCCGUGUCUCUUUCACAACGUUUGUGCAGAUCCAUUAAUGUCAGUGAGCCAAGCCUCGUACGGUCACCGCAGAAGCCUUGCUUUUGACUGUCUCAUCUCUGGGCCAGAUUCAGGGGGCUCACUCAGGGAAGUGAAAUGUAAAAAAAAAAAAACAACAA